AUGGCGUUGAAGGGACCGGUAUAUGAGUUUGAGGUGAAGGUUGAUUUAGAUUUGGAUGUGGAUGUUGUGGAUGGGAGUGGAUGGAGUGGAUGUGUGUGGAUGGAGUCAAUGAGAGAAAGGAUCCAUCUUCGAGAAGUGGUAAGUAGUAUUGGGAUUGGAUGA